UCCGCCAAAAUUCCAACCCACUGUAUAAGCAGACCAAAACAGAGCUCUCUCUCUCCACCUAUAUACCCAAUCACAAAACCAACCACGAAGCUCUCCAGACGUUUCACUCUUCGGAGGUUCCGCAAAACGAAACGUUUCGGAAAUGACGGUGUUUGGGAGCUCCGCCACGGCUUACCUGUCCGGCGGGAAAGCGCACGCGCACGUGUUUCCGAUCGACUACGAGGCCGAGGUUUCGCAGCGGUUGGUGGACGCCGCGCACGACAACGACUCGAAAUCGGCGGGGGAGUGUCUGGGCGAUCCUUUCGUGGACGUGAACUUUGUCGGAACGGUGUGCUUGAAGUCGAAGAAGACGGAGAUUGUGGCGCAGGGCGAGUCGGCGCACGAGGUUCGCGUCGAGUACGAGGAGUUCAAGACUCAGAUCACUGCCUUGUUCCUCGCCGCUCACUCUGGGAAUUUGGCGCUCGUUAGGAAGCUCCUGAGUUAUGGAGCAAAUGUGAAUCAAAAGCUGUUCCGAGGCUAUGCAACAACAGCAGCAGUAAGGGAGGGGCAUUUGGAGAUACUGGAGGUGCUCAUCAAUGGCGGUGCGUCUCAGGAGGCAUGUGAGGAGGCCUUGUUGGAGGCAAGCUACUUGGGGAGGGCUAGGUCCGCCGAGAUGCUCAUGGGAUCUGACAUGAUCCGCCCUCAGGUGGCGGUGCACGCUCUUGUUUCUGCUUCCUGCAGAGGCUUUGUUGAUGUAGUUGACACACUCAUCAAGUGUGGGGUGGAUGCGGAUGCAACUGACAGGGCGUUGCUUCAAUCGUCCAAGCCAUUUCUAUACACUAAUGUGUACUGUAAUGCGCUUGUUGCCGCCAUUGUUAGCCGGCAAAUUUCUGUAGUCAGACUCCUCUUGCAGGCUGGAGCCAGAACAGAUAUAAAAGUGAGUCUUGGGGGCUGGUCCUGGGAUGUAAAUACAGGAGAAGAGAUUCGGGUGGGUGCAGGACUAGCCGAGGCUUACAGUGUGACCUGGUGUGCUGUGGAGUAUUUUGAAGCCAGCGGUGCUAUCUUGCGCAUGCUCUUGCAACACCUCUCUCCUAACAUUCCUCACUUUGGGAGGACUCUCAUUCACCACGCCGUAUUAUGUAACAAUGAAAGAGCGGUAGAGGUUCUGUUAAGUUGCGGUGCUGAUGUAGAAGUUCCAAUUAAGACAACAAAUUCAGAAACUGACUGCCCUGUUCACAUGGCGUCACGACUUGGAGUAAAUAAGGUUCUUCAACGAUUGGUUAGUGCUGGGUGCAAUAUCAACUCUCGGACAGAAUCUGGAGAAACUGCACUAAUGACCUGUGCUAGAUAUAAACACCAGGAAUGCCUUAAAAUCCUGGCUUCAGACGGUGCUGAUUUUGGCCUGGUGAAUUCUGCUGGUCAGAGCGCAAGCGUAAUAGCAGAGUCAGCAAGGUGGACUCUUGGCUUCCGACAAGCAGUUGCAGACGUGAUUCGAUUUGGUGAAAUUGUUCAAUCAAGCGAUGCAUCAAUAUUUUCUCCUCUAAUGCUUGUGACUCAAGCAAACGAUGUUGAGGCCUUGAAGAAACUGAUUGAGGGAGCAGACGUUGAUCUCAAUGAGCAAGAUGAAAAGGGAUACUCAGCUGCCAUGAUAGCUGCAGAGGGUGGUUACCUGGAAACUUUCAAAUUGCUUAUCAAUGCUGGGGCUGACAUAAACCUGCAGAAUAAAUGUGGUCAGACGGUGAUGGAACUAUUCGUUACAAACCAAAGCAGUGAAGAAUUUGAAAAGUUGUUUCUUAAGAAUGCUGCACCUCAAAAGGUACUUGAUAGUCCUAUUGAGUUUUGUGGGACUCUACAUCAGGCAGUACAGCACAGCGACACAGAUUUCGUUCUUACAUUGAUAAGCAGGGGUUCUGAUGUGAAUGCUUCUGAUGCCGAUGGAUACACUCCAUUGAUGUUAGCAGCAAGAGGAGGCCACGCUACGCUGUGCGAGCUUUUGAUUACUUCAGGGGCAAAAUGCGACAUUGCGAAUGCAAGACACGAGACAGCCCUCUUACUUGCAAGGAAAAGUGGGAUUAAAAACGAUGCAGAGAACGUGAUAUUGGAUGAGCUUGCAAGAAGCCUUGUUCUUGGUGGGAGUCGUGUGAAGAAGCACACAAAAUGCGGUAGAGGAUCUCCACAUCGAAAAGUGCUGAAAAUGGUUGGGGCUGCCGGGAUUUUGCAGUGGGGGAAGUCGAGCAAGAGAAAUGUGAUUUGCAGGAGGGCGGAAGUCGGGGCUAGUGACUCGUUCAGAUGGAACCGCCGGAGGAAAUUCGACACUGACGAGCCGGGGCUGUUCCAUGUGGUGACUACAAAGCACAAGGAGCUGCACUUUGUGUGUGAAGGUGGGAUCGAAAUGGCUGAGCUCUGGGUGAGAGGGAUCAAGCUUGUGACAAUCAAAGCUGUUUUUGGCAAGCUUUGAGUGAAGUUGGUGUGUGCAUUGGAGAUUUGUUCAAUUACAUUAUACUUUUUGUUGUUUUUUUUUUUUUUUACUUGAACUCUUAUUACUUAGGUAGUAACUUUCCCACAAAGGUCUUUAAACUCAGUAAAUACGUAAGUUUCUGGGCA